UGAUCAACCGUGAGCUGUCAAAAUACGUAGUACAUACAUCUAAUACCGCUAUCCUCUUCGUUGAUACUUCCAUAACAUACAAAAUUUCGUUGUGCAUUUUUAGAUAGGGUUUAGAGAAGUGACUGAAUUACCGGAGAACUUGAAUUCGUCAUGGCAAGUGGUAACUUAGGACUAACUUAUGGAGGACAAGAGAAAACACCAUCAUUGUCAGGUGAAACUGAGUUUGCGGCAGAAGCUGGAGCUCCUGGUGGAUUAUUCCACGCCGAUUAUAAACGACAUGACGAUUUGAAACAAAUGUUAGACAGCAGCAAAGACAGUCUCAAGUUAGAGGCUAUGAAAAGAAUAAUUGGGAUGGUGGCAAAGGGAAGAGAUGCUUCAGAUCUUUUUCCUGCUGUGGUGAAGAAUGUUGUUUCUAAAAAUAUUGAAGUAAAGAAAUUAGUGUAUGUCUACCUAGUUCGUUACGCAGAAGAACAACAAGAUCUUGCCCUUCUUUCAAUUUCUACAUUUCAACGUGCUUUAAAGGAUCCUAAUCAGCUGAUAAGAGCAAGUGCCCUUCGAGUUCUGUCAAGCAUUAGAGUUCCGGUCAUUGUGCCGAUUAUGAUGUUGGCCAUCAGAGACUCUGUUAGUGACAUGUCACCCUAUGUCAGGAAGACAGCAGCUCAUGCCAUACCAAAACUCUAUGACCUUGACCCUGAACAGAAAGAUGAGCUGGUCAUGGUGAUUGAAAGACUGCUCUCAGAUCAAACAACACUGGUUGUUGGAUCUGCAGUUAUGGCCUUUGAGCAGGUUUGCCCUGAACGCACGGAUCUUAUACAUAAGAACUUCAGAAAACUUUGCGCUGUUUUGGUGGACGUCGAGGAGUGGGGACAAGUUAUUAUAAUUGGAAUGCUCACACGCUAUGCGCGCACGCAAUUUACAGAUCCUAAUAUAAACGGUACCAGUCAUUCUCAAAAGGAUAAACCAUUUUAUGAAGAUAGUGAAGAAGAUGAUGAAAAAUCAAAGCAAAGAGAAUCCUUAGCAUUAGAUCCUGAUCACCGAUUGCUCUUGCGGAACACAAAACCCUUGCUUCAAAGUAGAAAUUCUUCGGUCGUUAUGGCUGUUGCCCAGCUGUACCAUCAUUUGGCUCCCAAAGAGGACGUAGCUGUAGUGACCAGGGCUUUAAUACGAUUGCUGCGUUCACAUCGCGAGGUUCAGACUGUUGUGCUGAACUCCAUUGCAUCUAUGUCAGUCAACAGAAAGGAUAUGUUCGAACCGUUUCUAAAAAAUUUCUUUGUUCGGAAUACUGAUGCCACGCAAAUUAAACUACUUAAAUUGGAAAUUUUGACAAAUUUGGCAAACGAGUCAAACAUUACUUUCAUUCUCCGAGAGUUUCAGACUUACAUAUCCAGUCAAGACCGAGAUCUAGUUGCUGCUACAAUUCAAGCCAUCGGAAGAUGUGCCGCUGGGAUUAAAGAAGUCACUGAUACAUGCCUAAGCGGGUUGAUUGCUUUACUGUCAAAUUCAGAUGAACUCGUGGUUGCAGAGAGCGUCGUGGUCAUAAAAAAACUUUUGCAAACACAACAAGGUUCGCAUGGAGACAUUGUUGGCCAAAUGGCUCGACUUGUUAACAGAAUAACAGUACCCCAAGCCAGGGCAGCCAUCCUAUGGCUCGUAGGCGAGCAUUGUGAAAAGAAACGGGUGUCUAAAAUGGCUCCCGAUGUACUUCGCUUUAUGGCUCGCAGUUUCGCAAAUGAGCAAGAUGUGGUGAAACUACAGAUUCUAAAUCUAGCCGCUAAGCUGUGCUUGUCGAACCCCAAGCAAACUAAAGUGCUUUGCCAAUAUGUGUUUAGCCUGGCGAAAUAUGAUCAAAAUUAUGAUAUCCGAGAUCGUGUACGCUUUUUGCGUCAUCUCAUUUUCCCGUCAACGGAACAGGCAGUUCUCGCUAAAUAUGCAAAAAAAAUAUUUUUAGCCUCAAAGCCGCCACCGGUGAUCGAAUCUGUUUUCAAAGAUCGAGAUGAAUUUCAGUUGGGCUCUCUAUCACACUACCUUAAUAGCCGUGUAGUUGGAUACAUGGACUUACCGUGCUUUCCCGCUGUUGCUCCUGAUUCUAGUGUACGGAAUGUUGAAUCACCACGGCCUACCAUUCCAGUUACCAGCGUUCCUGGCAUUUCUGCGGGAACCUCGUCUAAAGGGAAGAAAAAGGAAACGUUUUACUCAGAAAGUUCUUCAGAAGACGAAGAAAGGAACGAAGAAUCUGGAAGCUCAGACUCAAAAUCAGACUCAUCCUCUGAAACUGAAUCAGGUUCUGCAGCCAGUGAUUCAGACGCAUCCGCCUCUGAUGAAGAAGAUGACGAUGAUUCCACUAACAUUUCGCAACAAAAUAUUGUUCGACUGUCACCAUCUCUUUCUCCGUCACCUCCCAGCCAUCGGCUCACUCGCUCACUCGUGAUUCAAUCUAGUUCGGAAUCGCAGUAUUCUUCGAACAGCUCUGAUUCAGACGCGAGCAUCUCAGACACAGCUGAGAAAGCAUCUCCGCGAAUGCCACUAGCUGUUCCUAAAUCGAAUUUGGAUCUUCUCCUCGACUUAGAUGUGUCAGAAUCUGUAACCACUCCGGUGAUGGCGUCCAUUCCGGGUAUUCCUUUUGCUUCCCUAGCGAACACGCCAAAUUCAGACUUGAGCAUUCAGCCAGCUUCUGCGGUAUACAUUUCCACGAGACCAAUAGAACUUGUCUCCAGCGUUUCAAGCGGAUGCAGUCUACAAGUACUAUACCGCUAUAGUCGCUCCGUGAAUCUUUAUUCAGCUUCCAUGGUCACAAUCGAGCUUACUCUGAUAAACACUGGUAACGAAGACUUGGCCGAGAUCAAAAUAGCCAACAAAAAUAUGCCUGUUGGCAUCUCAAUGCACGAAUUUACCACCUUGGCAUCACUUCCAGCUGGAGCAACAAGACUUGUUACCUUGGGCAUAGAUUUUGGCGAUUCGACCCAGACUGUCAGCUGUGAUUUAGUAGCAAGCGGGCGACCUAUACGGAUUAAUUUUAGGCCUUCCGUUGGCGAACUAAUCCGUCCUGUAACGUGUACUGAAGGCGUUUUCAUCAAUGAGCAAGGGAAAUUGAAGGGGAUGAAUGAACAUAGUUUUCCUAUAACCAACAUAUCCGAACUUAGAGAAAUGAAAAAUAUCUCAGCUAAAUUGUUUCGCGCGGCAAAUAUGGCUUCCAUAAAUUCUAGCGAGCAAAAUACCUUAAGAUUCGCCGGACAGACCUUAUCUUCCAAAUCAUUAGUCUUGGUUACUGUUCUGGUUGGAGCCGAUCCUAAAUUAACUGUUUGCUGCGAGAAGAUGAUAAUUGGCUCCAUGCUUCUUGCAGAACUCAAAGAGGCGCUAAAGAAUUAAUUAUUUUGAAUUGAUCCUUUACGUGUGUACAUGCACCACAGUUUUCUGUCAAUGAAAAGAUUUAACACAGCAAAGAUUAAAUUGAAUCACGUGGAAGGA